GGCUUUCAUCUGUGGUGAAAUAAUUCUACAUUAUUUUGUUUCAUUAGCCGUAGUUUUGUCUGAAGCUUAACAGUUUCAGAGUCAUUCCUCAUAGUAUUUGUGUUCGUGAACAACUUUAACUCCUAAACCUUAAAUAAAUGACGCAGCAGAAGUAAAACCUGUAAUAAGGAAAACAAACAUUAAAUUCGUUCUCAGAAACCAGCAGGAAGCCAUCAGUGCUGUCUGAUCUGAAGUCAACAGAAGAUGUUAUGUGUCCAGCGAUGCCCGUGGCUUCUUCUUUUUACUCGACGCAGCGUCCAUAAGCUGGCAUCGCUUCAGAAGGCCUCCUCUCUUCCCCCCAGGAAGAUGCAGAGCACUCUUUACCCCUUCAGUGGCCUGGAGCCUUACCUGGACAGGUCCGUGGACAGGAUGCAGUUUAAACUGUUUCAACCCAGUUUGGAGGACAUGAUGGAAGCAGAGAAACUUUUCUGCUCUUCUGCGGCUCAUAAGAUUGAUUUCUUCGUGUCUGCCGGCAGGAUGGAGCACAUCCCUGCUCUCAAACCUCCUGAGGUGUGUUUCAUCGGCAGAAGUAACGUGGGAAAGUCGUCACUCAUCAAAGCUCUGUUUUCUCUGACUCCCGAGGUCGAAGUCCGAGUUUCCAAAACUCCGGGUCACACCAAAACGAUGAACUUUUUCCGAGUGGGAAAAGCUUUCACCGUCGUGGACAUGCCGGGUUACGGACACAGAGCCCCCAGAGACUUUGUGGAGAUGGUGGAGCCGUACCUCUACGCCAGGAAAAAUCUGGUGAGGACGUUCCUGUUGGUCGAUGGCAGUGUUGGUCUUCAGCAGGCGGAUCGAAUCUCGCUGGAGAUGUGUGAGGAGAUCAGAUGUCCUUACGCGAUGGUGGUGACCAAGAUAGACAAAUGUGGGUCUGGAGCUCUGCUGACGAACCUGCUGAAGCUCCAGGAAGUGGUUCAGACUCAGACCAAUAGCUGCUUCCCCCAGCCGUUUCUCAUCAGCUCUGUGAAUUAUUGGGGGAUCCACCUGCUCAGGUGCUUCGUCGCUCAUGUGACAGGAAGCAUCGUGCUGAAGAACACGUCUCAGAGCUGAUCAGGGAUCAGCCAGUCUCAUCAUAACAGCUGCUGUUUUCUUUAACGUCUAAUAAAUGUAAACACGUUUCUGCGUUUCCUCGA